AUGUCUAAUGCAUAUUUUCUUUCGUUUUUAGCACGACGAUACACUCCCAUUCGAACUCCCAGAACAAACCUGAAACGCCGUUCUCAAAUGUGGUUCGUCUUUUGCUGCCAAGACAUCAUCCGUUUGUAUCAAAUGCUAAUUUUGACAAAGAUUGGCAACCAUACGCCUCCAGAAAGUAGCGAAUUCCUUCCCGCAAUCAAUUUCGAUGAUUUCCAUAAUAGUAUCUCCCCGAGAGAACCGAAUCUAAGUCACUUCCCUAUGCCAGGACAACUUAUAUCUGGCUUUGGGUCCGCUCCAUCUCCCCCGAAAUCAGCAACGCGCUGGUCGACUACACCGUCAUCGGCCUCUGGUCCUAGAUCUGCCCGGCCGAAUACACUCGCCAGAAGACAGAGCAAUGCUCAAAAGCCCGAUGCUGAAGGGCAGCCGCUUGGUUCUGCAACUCCCCGUUCAAGGCGGCAAAGUCAUGCUGCGCCGCCAGCUUCCUCCAUUGUUGGCCCCAGGCAGCCCCGAAAAUCUAUUGGCCCUGGUGCUUUGGUUACGUCUCAAGCAAACGGUGACGAUGGUCCUCCACGAAGGCGUCAGAGUUUUGCAAAGCGAAAUGCAACAGGGGAAAUACGGGUGAAUACUAAUGUAAAUCGCGUCAGCCAUCAGUCUACGGAACAAUCCACUGGUCCCUCUUUUCUAAACACCACCAGAAGCCAGAAAGCAAAAUCAUUGCAACCUGUUAGCCGUGGGAACAGAGAUAAUCAAAUAACCCCUGGCGGUUCGGACCACUCUCGUUCAUCUUCGAAUACUGCCAUCCAGACUCCUGGGAAAACAAUAGCAGCACCGAACACAACCCCCUCGUCGAAGAGAUCUUCAAUGAUGCCUCACCAUCCGACUGGCCUAGGUGCAAGAACCAUUUCUCCGACAGAUGCUCGAAGGAUGAAACGAAUGUCCCUUGUUCCUAAUCCGCCCCCUAUACCACAAAGAUCGCCCACCCAGUUAGAGUUAAACUCUCCACGUCCACGCUCCUCAGCGCCUUCACCUUCUAUGAUACCUCGAAAGAGCAUAACACCUUCGUCUGCCCGCACUACACCAGAUCCUCACCGAAAAUCCUAUAGCUCAGGCAUAUCUCUCUCUUCAAAUACAACCUAUAACUCUGCUAGGAAUUCUAGUGGCUCCCUGCAAGGGCGGCUUUCGCAGAACGUAUCAACAUCCAGACUUCCAACUCCCAAACCCCGGACUGAGCAUUCAAACCAGGAGGAAGAGGAAGUGCCACCAGUACCUGCAAUCCCCAAGGCAUACGAGUCACCCAAAAACGAAGCUCACAUACCCCCAACCUUUACACCUAGGCAAACCAGCAUGCCCUUUGAGCUUGAAACGCGAAGACAAGCAUUGAAAGACCCACCUGCUGCAGAAAUUGAAGCGCCAUCCACACCCGCUAAUCAAACUUCCCUAGGAGACGCCACGAUGCAGCACGACAGCCGCGCCUUUAUUCUGAAUUUAAACCACGAGCCGCCAAUCCUCAUGGGAAGAGAAGCCUCCAACCUCUUAAGUUACCGCCACUUAAUUUGA